AUGUACGGAAGGAGUGCAGUGGCGGGGCGUGCCGGCAGCAUCAAGAUCUUGCGAGCGAAUUGCAAGGGCACGCAGGCGGAGCGUAUCGAGCGCGACUACGGCCUGUCGCAGAUCUCCACCGGGCAGCUGCUGCGGGCCGAGCGGGACAAGAAGACCCCGUUGGGCCUGGUCAUCGAGGAGAAGCUCACCAAGGGCGAACUCGUCGCCGAUGACCUCAUGCUCGACCUCGUCAACAACGCCGUAGCUUCCCACACUAACCCCAAGGGCUGGCUGCUCGACGGCUUCCCGCGCACGACCGCGCAGGCCCAGAUGCUGAAGAACCUGCUCGACCAGAUCGCGAAGCCAAUCACCGGCGUGCUGUACAUUAAUGUCGACAAGAACGUCAUCGCCGAGCGGCUCAAGGACCGUUACAUUCAUCCGGGCAGUGGGAGAACUUAUAACCUGCAGUACAAUCCGCCCAAGGUGGCCGGCAAGGACGACGUCACCGGCGAACCCCUCGUCCAACGCGAGGACGACAAACCCGAAACGGUUCUCUCUCGGCUCACAGUGUACGAGGAGAAGACGCGUCCGGUGUUGGACUACUACGCGCAGACGGGCCUCCUGCACACCAUCGACUCGCCCAACUCCGACGUCGGCUACGAGCGGAUCAAGAAGCUGAUGGACCAGCUCCUCCGACACUCAACACAACUCCCGUCCACCGACCACCCGCCGGCCCACCUGCGCUGUGCGCUUGGCGUUGCGACCGCCGCAACCUCGCACGCUCGCUGGCCGCCCAACCGAAGGAGAUAA